UCAGAGCCCAUUCUAUCUCCAAGGCAAUUCCUCUUUCUCCGUCCGGCUCCCUAUUCCGCAGCCAGCUUCAUGAGAAGUGAGAACCCAACCAAGUACGGUAGGAGAAGAGGAGACCUCUCAAACUCUUCUCCCUUUCCCUGCUUAGUUUCGCUCGUUACCAAAUCCCAGCAUGACAAUGUCUCCUGCCCUUCUCUCCCUCCCCCAGAUCCUGGUCGCGCUUCCUGUUCUCCUUUCACUUGCUUGUUUUACUGUCUCCACCCAACCCCGGGGGACCAACAGUCAUAGCCAAGCCGAAAUGCUUCAAUCCAUGAGCAUGGCCUCUCUUGAGAAGGAGACGCUCUUCCAUGUGAUGGAGACCAUGUCCUCUGAUAGGGACUGGAGGUCCUCCUACCCAGACCCAUGCAUUCCGGGCUCCUCAUGGCCUGGUAUUGAAUGCAAACCAGGCAGUGACAACCACCUCCAUGUCACAAGGCUGGACUUUGGAGUCGCACCCAACCCUACUUGCAAGAACACUGCCACCUUCCCAUCCGAGGUCUUUGACCUCCCUCAUCUCCAAUCUCUUUUCUUCUUCAACUGCUUUAAGACCACCAAAACCAGCCUCUCCAUGCCACCACCAGCCCGCAAGCCGGCAGCUUAUGCUUCUCUCCAACAACUUAGCCUUAAAUCAAAUCCAUCAUUGAUAGGUCCCGUACCACCCCAUAUCUCCUCCCUCUUCUCGCUCCAGGUCCUCACACUCUCUCAAAACCACCUCCAUGGAAAGAUCCCUGAGGGCAUCUCUGGCCUGACCUCCCUCAUCCACCUGGACCUCAGCUACAACUCCCUCGCAGGCAGCAUACCAGCCCAGUUGGGUAGUCUAAGCAGCCUGACAGGCCUUGACCUCAGCUACAACUCCCUCACAGGAUCCAUCCCACCAUCAAUUGGGCAGCUAAGUCUUCUCCAGAAACUUGAUUUGAGCUCUAAUUCACUGUCUGGAAGCGUCCCGGAGAGCUUGGAGAAUCUCAGCUUCCUGGCUUUCUUAGCCCUCAGCAACAACAAGCUAAGCGGGCAGCUACCAAAGGGCCUGCCAAAGCUCCAGAACCUCCAGUACUUCAUAAUGGAUGACAACCCCAUGUUCGUCCCACUGCCGUCCCAGCUUGGGAGGUUGUCGAAGCUGCAGGAGCUCCGGCUAGCCAAUUCGGGCUACUCGGGUUCGAUCCCCGGGAGCUUUGCCUGGUUGGCCAAUCUCACCACUCUGUCUCUGGAGAACAACAGGCUCACCGGUGAGAUUCCAGGAGUUUUAAGCGGCCUCAGCAGGAUGUACCAUCUGAAUUUGAGCAGGAACAUGCUAGCUGGUGUGGUUCCUUUCAGUGCUGGCUUCAUUAAAAGGCUCGGGAGGAACCUGGACUUGAGUGGGAAUCCAGGCUUGUGUCUCAAUGGAUCCGAGAGCUCUGUGAGCAUCAGUGUUGGGGUUGAAGUUUGUGCAGGUAAUAGAAGCGCCUCCUCCAUGCAACAGCCAUUGAGGAGCUCAGCUAGAGCUCCAUCACCUCUGUUCUCUAACUUCCCUCUGUUACCGGGUUGUUUGGCUCUCUGGUCUGUUACUGUGUUUUAAAUCUACACUUCUUGAUCAUCUAAUCAUCUAUAACUUUCUAGCUCCCCUCUUUCAUCGACUCUUUUGUUCGAGUUGUACGCGAUACCAUCGCUAAAAGGAAAAGCUAAUGUUUUUUGAAACCACUUUGGGACUUCAUGGAAGUCUUGGGGGAAGUUCUCACUUACUAAUCCAAGCCAAAGCUGGUCAUCUGCAGCCAUUAGCAAGUCCGGCCCGUGUGUUUUCUAAUAUGGUUUCAGCUUGGAGGACUGCAUGUGGCGUAGCGGUCUACAGAUUUGGGCCGACUCUUCGGUAGGAACCACCAUAUAUAGCUGGUGUUGGUUGCCUUCUGUAUCUGGAUUUGGCUUUUUUCCAAAGCUUGGUGCUAAUGUUAUGGGGAGAACACAUGUACUGUUAUGAU